UCUGUGUGCCGCCCUGUGGGCACCUGGGCCCUGGGCCAUGUGUAUGGAUGUGUUUGGAUGUACAGAUGUGUAUGGAUGUAUGGAGCACAAGGAUAAUGUCACACAUUCUGCAGGUUCUGUUGUCACAGGCUAUAGAGGCUGUUGCAGGAUGUUUGGGGAGCAGAGGGUUUGGAGUACUAGGACAGGAGUCUCCAGUGAAAGUGGUUUGCUGCUAUAGAGCAGGUGCUGGUCACGUCCUGGCAAACAGAAAACAAAAGGCUGUGGGUUUGCUCAGAACUACUCAAAAUUUCAUCAAAUGCAACUAGAAAAAAUGUGGUGGUAAUAAUCUUUAUUAGACUAACAUUUUCCCUUGCAAAUGUGACAUGGCAUCAGGUGUAUGUCUCAAGAUGUUGCUUUUCAGGAUAUAUUUUCAGGGAGGAGUGCAGUGCUCCCAAAGUGGCCCUUAAUUUCCCCAACGCAUGUUCAGUGCACCAGCCUUGCAGAGAUCCAGUUGUCCUCAGGCAGGGUGGCAUCUGAGCCAUGGGGACAGCUGGGAACACUGCUGCCACUUGUCAUUCCACCGUGUGACACGGCCCAGCAGCUCUGGAGGUGAGCACAGGUCACCAGGGUUGUCAGACUGGAAUAAAAGCAGUUUUGGGGGGCUGCAGCUUCUCCCCUCAGCCAUUGUUAUGUGGGUGUCUACUGCCUGUGUGUGGCACAGAGGCAAACUAUAAAUAACUGCAUGAGCUAUUCCUUCCCUCUGAUAUCAAGGCCAGAACUGCACAUCAGCUUUAUUCCUUCUCGUGCCAACCUCCCAGUUCACUGGCAGGCAAAGAUAUGGCCCUGACAUCCAGCAAUUCCCUCUGAUAAUUGUACCAAGGCUCUGCCAGGGCACUGCUGGUGCCCAUGGUGAGGACAUACUGGUCAGUACUUUUCCAGAUGCCACAAAGCUUCCUCAGGGGUGUGUGAUGAUGUGGCAUGAGCACAGAUGUAGUAAUAACUAGGCUAAGGGCCUUUAAGGACACCAGACAUUUUCUCCCUGUCAGAUAAUUAUCAGUCUCAUACCCAAGGGCACGUUCUCCAUCAGCUCACAAGUGUUUCCAUGAUUUUUGGUUAUUUUAUUUGUUCCAGGUCUGGAGGUGUUUUAUACUGUGACAAAACAUAAACUUAAUAAUCAUGAGGGAAAAUGUCAGAUCUUUUCCUCCAUUUUUAUGGAUUCCCUUUUGGUCUGGUGUGUCCAUUCCCAGGCAGACAAGUUUAUGUCUCUGACACAGACUGAGAUCAAGGAUGACCCUGAGAAGGAGUGGCCUGAAUCCUGCUCUAUCCCAGGUGCCCAAAGAGCAUCAAUCCUGCUCCAGCCCAGAUCCAGCUCCACACACACAGAGGGAUGGGAUCCCUGCAGGUAACACCUGCUGAACUGUGGGGAAAUGAUGUAAAGGCUUUUUCUUUGAGAUGCAGACCUGAAGAUACUUCUGCAGUGAUUUGGUUUUAUCCCCUUAAAGCAUUUUCACAGGUUUUCGGGAAACUUCUGUCAUAAAAUUCUCUCAUUUUUCUUAUUUCCACAGUACUGAAAACAAUCUUCUCCAAAGGUAAACGUUUUGGUGAAUGCUUCAGUAAAAUGAAAGGUGUGUUUUGUGAUACCAUUCACAGCUUUGAAGACCUCUGAGUUCAUGUCCUCAAAAGCAAGUGCAGGAGUAUUUUUGUUCAGGCUAUUUACACCCCAUCAGAGCUCAGAGCUGAGUUAAUGUUUCAUCUCAGGCUGCAAUAAAUUAGAUAAAAGAGUAUUUCCUCAUUCCCAGAGUUACCCUUUUACUUUGUUUGCACUGCUCCAUUUGCUGAUGCAGGAAAAUAACAUUGCUUAAUCACUUUUAACGACUGUUGAGACUAUUUUUAAAAACAAAAUAUAUAUCCGUACUGCAUUUCUUUUGCCGAGAUUUUUAAGAUGACCAAGCCUCAACCCAUGCUAAGUAAUGAGAGCUGUCUUCCUGCUGGCAAACCUACCAGCACUGUUUGAUAAGUGUAGAAAGAUAAACCCAUGUGAACUUCGGUGACUCUUCCACCUCAUUUUGUUUCACCCAUAAACAGGAAAGGCUUGUUUCUUGGACAUCAAUUAUGGAAAUUCAGAAGUGCCCUUUGGAGAAGCUUUUCAAGGAGGUCCUUCCCAGUGGAGAUACAUACAGCCACCUGACAGCUGACAAACCUGUGCCUGAGGGACUCUGCCAAGGAGCAGCUCCCACCCCUGCCAUGCUGGAGCUCCUGGGGAAGCACCGUGGCACCGAUGCUCACCUGUAACAGCAGAGGACAAGAGCUUCAGACAAGCAAAGCAAAUACAGAAACAAUCUCCAGACAUGUUCUGCAGAUAUUUUUCCUUCUUCAGUCUGUGUCUUUUCCUUCCAACACAAAGGAGCUCUCUGGGCCAUGGAUCCAGCUUGCAUGGUAGGGACACAACAUCCCUCCCUGGAUUUGAGAACCUUACCAUGGGGUACAACAAAUACCUCCGGCCCUACUUUGGUGGAGAGCCUGUACAAAUAGCAAUGAGUCUGGACAUUGCAAGUAUUUCUAGCAUAUCUGAAAGUAACAUGGAUUACACAGCCACCAUCUGCCUGCAGCAGCGCUGGACAGACCCUCGGCUGGUUUUCCAUGGUAACAAGAGCUUCGCACUGGAUGCUUGCCUGGUGGAGCUGCUUUGGGUGCCUGACACCUAUGUUGUGGAGUCAAAAAGGUCCUUCCUGCAUGAUGUCACCGUGGGCAACCGCCUCAUCAGGCUGUUCUCUAAUGGCACUGUCUUGUAUGCCUUAAGAAUCACUACUACUGUUGCCUGUAACAUGGACCUGUCAAAAUACCCUAUGGACACACAAACAUGCCAACUGCAGCUAGCAAGCUGGGGCUACGAUGAGAACGAUGUCACCUUCGCCUGGCUGAGAGGAAACAGCUCCGUGCAUGGCAUCGAGAAGCUGCGGCUCUCCCAGUACACAGUGGAGCGCUACCACACCCUGGUCUCCACGUCACAGCAGGAGACAGGCAGUUACCCACGACUGAUAUUGCAGUUUGAACUGAGGAGAAAUGUCCUUUACUUCAUUUUGGAGACCUAUGUGCCCUCCACUCUGCUUGUCAUGUUGUCUUGGGUUUCUUUUUGGAUCACACUGGACUCAGUGCCUGCAAGAACCUGCAUUGGAGUUACAACAGUGCUUUCUAUGACAACUCUGAUGAUCGGCUCACGAAGCUCACUUUCAAAAACCAACUGUUUCAUUAAGGCCAUUGAUGUUUAUCUUGGCAUCUGCUUCAGCUUCAUCUUUGGCGCCCUUGUGGAAUAUGCAGUGGCUCACUACAGCUCAUCACAGAAGUGUGCAGCUAAAGCACCAGAAGAGGGGCCUGCAAAUGAGCUGACUGAAGAAAUGGAACAAGUUAACAUCACCAACAUCCUCAACAAUUCCAUCACCAGCUAUAAACAGAAAAUCAGCUUCACAAGUAUUGAGAUUUCCAGCAAUAAUGUUAACUGCAGUGACUUGACCAUGAAAAGUCAUGAGAAAAUCAAGUGUGUCUUGAGAAACAAAAUGCACAGGAUUAUUGGUUAUUUCACAAUUCAGAAUCCUGGCAAUGUGGACCACUACUCCAAAUUGCUUUUCCCUUUGUUUUUCAUGGUGGUCAAUGUGUUUUAUUGGGCUUAUUAUCUAUAUUUUUAGUAGAAAUUAGUUGCUUCAUUCUCCUACUUCAGCAGGAGAGGAAUUGUAUCAGUGGGCAUCCAGCUACCUAACCUCAGUGAAUUCAAUGUGGACAAAAAGCUUCCUUGUGUUUCCUGAGGUACCCAUACCAAGUGUGUGAGGUGUGCAUGCAUCAGCAGCAAUGACUCUGACAGCAGCUGUUCAGCUGAGUGGCUGUGCUGGACUGCUCUGCUCAUAGCUGCAUUUCAUUCCACACCUCACCUGGCUGGAGAUGUGUGUGCAGGACUGCACUGGCAGCUACAGAGCACUGCAGGUGGCAGAAUAAUUUUGGUAGCUUAGAGCAGGUUGGGACCUUUGAGUUGAGAUGUCCCAGAGGAUGUAUAGGAUUGUGACUGGUUGUUUUUUUUGUUUGCCAGAGAGAACAGAGGGACUGUGAUUGCUACCUCAAUAGCUGCUCUGUUGCAGUGAGAGCCCUGAGGCAGCAGCAGGAGCUCAGUGCAGUACAGCACAGCUCCCGUGCAUGGUGCUGCUUUGUCCCGGGUGGUGCAGUGCCAGGACGGUGAUUCGGUACUGCACAGUGCUUUUAACAUCUGUCACUCACUGAGGUAACCCUCACUUGCUGAAGUUCUCUGUCCCUGAGACAGAUGGAGGGUUCUUGUUUGUAGAGCUGCAUUUUUUCAGAGAUUUGGGAACAUGAAAUAGAGGGACCAAAGUAAUUUUGUAACACAUCUCUUAUACUCUUCCUGCUGUACUGCAGUUGAACAGAUUCUAGCACUUUCCAUGUCUUCCUUACAAAUUAUUUGUUGUCCUGGAGAGUGUUUCCUUUGGCCUUCACUGCUACAAGCAGCUCUCACUCCUUGCCAGCCAUAGGCACAAGGGGCCUAUUUGUUGUCCCCUCCUUUAUGUGGCUGUGCAGCUGUGACAAUCCAGCAGUGCUGCUGGGUGAAAAACGUGUGGGUUGGGGUAGGCUAGUUUAAAUCACCCUUUCACCCUCUAUUUUAGGUUGAAAAACUGUUACUUUUUUCAGAAAAACCAUAUUCUAAGAGGGCUCUGGAAACUGCCCAAAGUCAUCUUUGUUUGUCCUGCAAUCAGCAGGAGCCAGAGUUUUCUUUUAAAGAUAAAUGAAAUGUGGAUGCACAGUUACAUUUGAGAACCAAAUGCCAUUGGUACUGUGUAACUAAAGAGUACUGCAAGUCUUUAUUUGCCGAUUGUAAAAUGAAUAUUUGGUGACAGAUUGCUCCACCCCAGCACCCUUUUUUUGGUCUGUGCUGCUUUCAUCACUGAGAGGGGCAAUCCUGCAGAUGUGUGGGCAACUGGAAUUGCCUGCAGCGGCUCCAUUCAGCAGAGUUCUGGCUGGGUGAGGUCUCAGUUUGCAAUUUGUUACAAUGUUUGCUUAGCUUAAGAAACUCUUCUUGGGGGUUCCUCGAGAAGGUGAGCAGAGCACGUGAAACUAGAUUUUUUACUUUAAUAACUUUUUAUUGAACCACUUCACCACGAUGUACUGUGAGGGAUCUAACCCACAGAUUCAUAAAUCAUCGCUUUUACGAAGAGCAGCACAAGGAGACAGAGGGGAACAGGCUGACAAUGGCAAGUGGAUAAAAACAAACUCCAAUAAUGAAGUGUUGGCUUGUAUAUACUGGCAUUUGAAGUCCAUUCCAUAAUAAAGUGAAUGUUUGUGAUAUGAA